GAUAGACCUGUUAGAGUAUAUGCCGAUGGUAUUUAUGAUCUUUUCCACUUUGGUCACAUGAGAUCCCUUCAACAAGCUAAAAAUUUGUUCCCAAAUACACAUUUAAUUGUUGGUGUUUGUUCAGAUGCUGACACUUGGAGAAUUAAAGGAAAGACUGUCAUGACAGAAAACGAAAGAUAUGAAGGUGUUUCCCACUGUAGAUAUGUUGAUGAAGUUGUGAAGGAAGCUCCAUGGGUUGUUGAUGGUGAUUUUGUCUUGAAACAUAACAUUGAUUUCGUUUCACAUGGUGAAGAUCUUUCCGUUGAUGAAAAUGGUAAUGAUGUUUAUGCUGGAUUGAAGGAAAUGCACAGAUUUUUAACUAUUAAGAGAACUGAAGGUGUUUCCACUAGUGAUCUCAUUAUGAGAAUUGUAAAGGAUAGAGAUGUGUACAUAGAAAGAAACCUUAAGAGAGGUUAUACACCAGAUCAACUCAAUAUUAGUUUACUUGAAAAA